UUUAGAUUUCGUGGAAGACCGAGUACAAUCAACUUCCUGGUGGGGAAAGAACAAAUGGCUUGGUUGGCUAAACGUAUAAAGUAAAAAUGGCUUCAUCAAAACGUAUUGUUGCUGCUAUCGACUUUGGCACGACGUUUUCUGGGUGGGCCUUUUCUUUCAAACACGAUUUCAAGACUGAUCCUACAAAAGCAUCAGUAAAACAAUGGCAUUCCGGCUCUGGUACUCUGUGUACAGAGAAAACACCGACUGUAGCAUUGAUCCGGAUGGGAAGACACUUAGAGCCUUUGGAUACGAUGCUGAAAAUGAAUACAAGGAAUUGGCAGCUGAAAAAGAACAUGAAAAAUACUACUACUUUCAACGAUUUAAAAUGCUGCUACACAAGAAACUAGGAGAGAAACUUGACCGUACUAUUACACUUGAGGAUGCAAUGGGACGUUCACUUCUGGCACUGGACGUUUUUUCACUAUCAAUAAAAUACUUAAUUAGAACGAACGUAGCAAAAACGACGUCGACCAUAACCACCUCCCAUAUACAACCUAGCCUCAUCAGUGGUGACUACGUUUUUCCUUUUUCAACAGUUAAGACGGAGGUACAGACGCCAUGAUUGAGCACGUCGUUUCAGAAUCUGGGCCUCACUAAGCCUAUGAACACGGCAUUUUUACCUGAGUUUGGCUUCUAUAAUUCCGGCUAUAAUUCUGUUAACAGUGCCUAGAGAUACUCCACACUUAGCUGCCAUUUCUCUUUGUGUUGGCGGACGACGUUUGGUAAAAGUUCCACUUUUACCUGUUUUGCGUACGUUAUUUUGAAUAACACCUUUACCAUGUUGAAUGCGAUGCACAGUCGCAACAGAAACAUAAAGUCCCAUCUGUACUUGUUUCACAAUGUUUCUGUAGGACAUUUUUUGCUUCAAAAGCCCUUCAAAAGCCCUAAAACAAUGCCCUCAACUAAUUCAUUUAUUUUUGGUCUAACCAUGUUGAAUUUUGAAUUCAAAUGUGUUGAGUAUGUGUACGAUACACUACUUUACAUGAAUUAAUCGCUUUACACGUGGUUUUGUAAGCUGAAAGAUCGUAUAGGUGUGUUUUGUUAUUGUUUCAUAAUAAAUUGAACACCUCUCGUACACUAUGUAUUGCCCUAGUAAGAAUAAAAUGUUUGUAAUAAACUUUUGAAUUGCCUUGUUUACAACAAUCAUUAGAUCAGUCAAUUACCAACUUUACUGAUGUGUUAACUUACAUGUAUCAUUAUAUCCGCGUUAUAUUUUGAAAUAAACUACACAACACAAUAAGUUAACUUAAUAAAAGCAACUGUAAAGUAAAAAUAGUUGACACUUGAAUUGAUGAUCAAUGGUAAAAAAAUAGUUAAACUGAUGUAUAUGCACAGGUAUAUACAAACAUGUACAGAAAUAUGUUUACAAUGGACGUAUGUUUUAAAGGCUUCAUCAAAACGUAUUGUUGCUGCUAUCGACUUUGGCACGACGUUUUCUGGGUGGGCCUUUUCUUUCAAACACGAUUUCAAGACUGAUCCUACAAAAGCAUCAGUAAAACAAUGGCAUUCCGGCUCUGGCACUCUGUGUACAGAGAAAACACCGACUGUAGCAUUGAUCCGGAUGGGAAGACACUUAGAGCCUUUGGAUACGAUGCUGAAAAUGAAUACAAGGAAUUGGCAGCUGAAAAAGAACAUGAAAAAUACUACUACUUUCAACGAUUUAAAAUGCUGCUACACAAGAAACUAGGAGAGAAACUUGACCGUACUAUUACACUUGAGGAUGCAAUGGGACGUUCACUUCUGGCACUGGACGUUUUUUCACUAUCAAUAAAAUACUUAAUUUAAGACAUGAUGAAAUUUGUAAAUGACAGACUAGCAGGGACAAUUGGCAGUGAAGAGAUAUUGUGGGUGAUAACGGUUCCUGCAAUAUGGACUGAUGGGGCCAAACAAUUCAUGAGAGAGGCAGCUGUGAAGGCUAGUAUUAAAACAGAGAAACUCGUCAUUGCUCUUGAACCCGAGGCUGCUUCAGUGUUUUGCCGGCAUCUUUCCGUAUACACAACUGUUGGCUUUAAGGAAGUUUCAUUAGCGACGUUUCCUGAUGACACAAAGUACAUUGUGCUUGAUGCUGGAGGUGGAACUAUAGAUAUUACUGUUCAUGAGGUAGUUCCUGAUGGGUUAAAGGAGAUCAAAGCAGCUAGUGGUGGUGGUUGGGGUGGAACAAUGGUGGACAACGCGUUCAAAACUUUCCUGACAGACAUAUUUGGUAAAGAUAUAUAUGACAAAUUCAAACAAGAAGACACUGAAGAUUGGCUAGAUCUUUGGCGAGAUUUUGAGGCAAAGAAAAGAGGAAUUUCCCAUGACAAAACAGCAAAAAUCAGUAUCAAAAUUCCUAUUUCGUUGAUUAAUAUGUUUGAAGAAAUAAAAGAGCAAAAAUUGUCAACAACCAUUGCAUCUACAAAAUAUGCGGAAAAUGUGACAUUUGCUGGAGGAGACAAAUUGAGGUUUUCACCCAGCGUGUUCCAAAAUUUGUUUAAAGAAUCAAUCAGUCUAACAAUUGAUCCCCUGAAGUCUCUGAUGAAGGACAUCAGCGUUAGAGCAAUUCUCAUGGUCGGCGGAUACUCGGAGUCUCCCAUGCUACAACAUGCAGUAAAAACCACAUUCACAGAUGUUGAAGUUGUUAUACCGCUUGGAGCAUCUUCUACCAUACUUCGCGGGGCCUUGGUAUACGGUCAUAGUCCUGAGUUCAUCAAAGAAAGAAUUUUAAAAUACACGUAUGGAAUUGGAUGUUCUAAAGAAUUUAUUGCUGGAGUUCAUGAUCAAAGAAAAUUAAUCCAAACGGAUAGAGGAGAGCGCUGCGAUGAUUUAUUUAAUAAAUAUGUUGAAAAGGGACAAACAGUUAGCAUGGACGAACGCGUUAAUGACACAUUCUAUCCCCGAAAUCGCGAUCAGACGGAAAUAUAUUGUUCAGUAUAUGCAUCAGAAUCUAAAAAUCCGAUGUAUACAGAUGAAGAAGGAUGCACGUUAAUAGGGGAAAUUACUAUUCCGUUAGAAGAUCAUGACAGAGACCUUUUUAGAGCUGUCAAGGUGUCUCAGAUAUUUAGUGAUACAGAAAAUCAAGUGGAAGUUGUUGACGACAAAUCAGGAAGGAAACAAACUGCAACAUUUAAUUUCUUACAAUAAGAAACCAGCAACUAAUUCGUUGUUUCACUUAAGUAAAAUCUUCAGCAUCAAGAAACCAAAAGGAAGGGCAGUAUCAACCAAAUGUGUUUUACUACGUUUUAAUACAGAAUAUAUAAAACUAUACCUAAUCAAGAGAUUUUAUAUACAACUUUAGGAUUUUGAAAAUUUCCGACAUGUGAUUGGCUGAAAAAGUAGGAUAAACACUGAAUAUAGAGGCUUCCGCAGCCGAGUGGUUAAGGCCGCUGACUUCAAUCACUUACCCCUCACCGGCGUAGGUUCGGGGCGUUGAAUUCUUUAUGUGAGGAAGCCAUCCAGAAUAUAUAUACAGUUUUAUUGAACAAGUACAAAUUACAGCAUAUCAAUGGCAAAACAUACAAUAUUGCAACAAAUCAAACGCCAUAUGUAAGACAGUCUAACAUAUGAGCAUAAUGAUUCCAAAAUUCAAUCCUUUGACAUAAAUAACAAUUUAACGUUUCUAAGAACACUCUUAUUUUAAAUGGUAUGAAAAUACUGUUGGACUUCUUUCGCUCAAACUCGCCAGUCGAUAAUUCGAGCCAUCGACGUUUUGGGUAAUUACACAAAUAUUUGUAACCGGUUACUCGACCACAGAUAGGAGCCUCCAUGGCCAGGCGCUUAAGGUUGCUGACUUCAAAUUACUUGCCCCUUACCGAUAUGAGUAGCCACACUCGGGGCGUUGAAUUCUUCAUGUGAGGAAGUCAUCCAGCUAGCUUACUAAAGGUCGAUGGUACUACUCAGGUGCCCGCCUGUGAUAAAAUAAUGCACCGAGAGGAACCUUGGUCUUCCUCUACCAACAAAGUGGGAAAGUCGCCAUAUGACCUAAAUUUUGUCGGUGCGACGUUUACGCCCCCCCCCCCCCCCCCACACCCCACCACCACGCCAAAAAAAAAAGCAAAAAAAAAAGCACUUAAUGCUAUAAGUAUGUUCCGGAAUGGAUAUAAAAUUGUUUCAGAAUGUACAUUCUGUAGAUCUAUGAAUUAAUUAAUAUGUAUGUUUUUUUAAUAUUUUCUUUUCACGUUUUAAUAUUAUUUCCUCAGAAAAAAAAACUGAUGUUAUUUGAUGUUUAAUAUAGGUUCUACGAAUACAUGUGCAAGUUUUUGGACCUAGCCUCAUAUCAGACAUGUUGUUGAAUCUGAAUUACUUGCAAGGUAGGUCAUAAAUGCUUUAGUAACAGAAUAAUUGUUCAGUAAUUUUCAGUGUUUUUAAAACAAAAUAGAACGCUUACAGGCAACAAUAAAGUGGCCACCCUAUUUAUGUAUUUUAUACGCCCGUUUGAAUUAUUGGAACGCCCCUGGCGGGCGGGCGUGGGGAGGGGAGUUUGGGGAGGGGAGGUUGGGGGUGGAGGCGGGCGGCGUCCACAGAUUUUGUCCGGAGCAUAUAUUUUCCAUACAUAGAGGGAUUUUGAUGAAACUUGGCACAGUUAUUUACCAUUAUGAGACGGAGUGUUAUGCACAAUAACCAGGUCCCUGUGUCUAAGGUCAAAGUCACACUUAGAGGUCAAAGAUCAAAUUCAAGAAUGACUUUGUCCGGAGCAUAUCUCUUUCAUGCAUGGUGGGAUUUUGAUGUAACUUGGCACAAUUGUUCACCAUCCUACGACGGAGUGUCAUAUGCAAGAACAAGGUCCCUAGAUUUACGGUCAAGGUCAUACUUAGAGGUCAAAGAAUACAAGAAUGAAAACUUUGUCCGGACCAUUUCUUCUUCAUGCAUGGAGGAAUUUUGAUAUAUAACUUGGCACAAAUGUUCAUCACCAGGAGACAGAGAGUCAGGCGCAAGAACCAGGUUCCUAGGUCUAAGGUCUAGGUAACACCUAUAGGCUUAAGGUCAGAUACAAGAAUGACUUUGUCCGGAGCAUAUCAAUCUUCAUGUAUGGAGGAAUUUUGAUGUAACUUGGCACAAUUGUACAUCAUCAUGAGACGGAGUGUCAUGCACAGGUCCUUACUUUAGAAUUACUUCCCUUUGUUGUUACUAUAAAUAGCUUAUAGUAAAUAGCUUACAUUGUAACUUUUUCAUUACUAGUCGUAGGGAAAAAUCGAGACCACUUUUCUGUAGUACAACAUGCAUGUUACAUCAAAUUUUGAGUGUAUUUUUAUAAUUGACCGUAGGGAAAAACUAAGACCACUUUUCUGUGAUACAACAUAGUUAUUACUUUCAAAUUUUAGGUGUAUUUUAAGCUGUCUCUACCUCCUGUUAAGGAGUUUUUUGUGGACUUAGAAAAACAAAAGAUUUACUAGAAUUACUAAACAACCACAAAAUUAAAAUUCCAUUUGCAAAUACAGGUGCUAGUGUAAAGAAAUUUGCUGUGACAGGCGUAUAUUGUGACAUUCUGGCACUCUUGUUAAAUAUACGAUACAAUCUUAUGACGGUAUUCUGAUCUUGAAGUACGGUAACGACGGCUUUAUUUUGAUAAAGCUAUAAGCGUGUUAUUGCCAUCAUACAACAUACAUAAGAAUACAACGAAUAAAAUAGGUUCUAACACGACCCGGUUUCUUUUCCUAUUAAACAAAGAAGGCUGAAAACUGUGUGUUAUUAUACAACAAUUCAUUCACAAUCAUUACAUCAUAGCGUUCGACGGUAAUAGCGGCGAGAUGGAAAAGAAAUCAACAGAUAUCAGGCACAUAUUUGAUUGAUAUUGUCAAGGACGUACAGAAUAAUCCUUGAUAACGUAUUAGAAUCGAAAUAAUAUAUCUCUAACAGUGAUUUGCUGGUGAAUAAAAUCAUUGUUUGUCGUUUUACUCAAUGACAAACCCCUGUUUGGGAUAUUUUUUCUUAGAUAGAUAUCUGGGCCUAAAAUGUGAUUUUCAUGAAAACGUAAUAAUUAAUAUAUGGAAUAGCACCAUGCGCAUGUAAAAGAGAGAGUUCUGAAGUUGACAUAUUUACAUUAUAACAUAUUGAGAAAAUGCUUUAUUGACGCAAAAAGAAAAAAACAUACACUAAACACAUACUCCAAAAAUCAGAUCAUCCGGCUCUUACCGACGUUUGAAUGUUUAAUUAAAGUUCAUAUGUUAUUCUUACAUAACCCGACGUAUUAACCAGAAUUGAACAAAAGAGAGAAAAUUGCAAAGGUUAUUGAUAAUGGUUUUAAAAUUAAAGGGCUAUGGAUUUCCAUUUUACCAUCCACUGAGUACUGUAAUUUAAAAAAAAUAAAAAUUGUUAGAAUUGGAGAUCAAAGGUUAAUAGGACAUUUUUUCUGUCCGAUGUAUAACAAAUGUUCACCACUAUGAGAGGGAGUGUCAUGCGCAAGAACCUGGUCCCUAGGCCGAAGGUCAAGGUCACAGAUAGAUGUGAAAGGUCAGAUACAAGAAUGAAUUUGUCUGGAACACUUCUUCUUCAUGCAUGGAGGGAUUUUGAUGUAACUUGGCAUAAAUAUUCACUAUCAUAAGACUGAUAGUUGUACGGAAGAGCCAGGUCCCUAGGUCUAAGUUCAAGAUCACACUUAGAGGUCAAAUGCCAUUUUCAAGAAUUACUUUGUCAGGAGCAUUUUUUUUUUUUGCAUGGAUGGAUUUUGAUGUAACUUGGCACAAAUGUUCACCACCAUGCGGCACUCUUGUUUAUUUUUAGAAUUAUAUGCCUUUGUUAUUACUAUAAAUAGCUUAUAUUGUAACUUACUUAUUACAGGCCGUAGGGAAGAAUCGAGACCAGUUUUCUGUGGUACAACAUGAAUGUUACAUCCAAUUUUUAGGUGUAUUUUGACCUAUCUCUACCUGGUAAAGAGUUUUGUGAGGAUUUAUAUGGUUUUUUGUUACUAUAAAUAACGUUACCUUUUUUGAUAAUCGGCCAAAAUAUGCUAUAUGAAAACAACGAGGGCUGUAAAAAAAUAACGUAGACUUUUGCUGUCAAAUGCUGCUUAUUGUGUAAAUAAUAAUAUGAAAUAUAUCGUUGUAAUUCAGAAUCUUUUUGUAAUUUGGUCAUAUGUUUCUUGUAACAUUUUUGAUUGUAGGCGAAACGCGUGGAACGUUUUCAUUACCAU